CAACCAGAUACAUAAGCCUUGAGAAUGAGAACCAAUGUUUUGGAUCCAGGAUACGACAAUCAUGUCCAAAAUUUAGAUUAAUUCAUUACAGCUACGUAUUUAGAAAGCAGCUUUUAGGCAAAUCCGUCGGAUGACUCACAUGUAUGCUGACAAACUUCGUUAUCAAAGGGACAAAUAGGUAUGCACUCAUUUUUUUACAUUACAUUAAUUAUGGGUUGAUAUUUGUGGAUAAUCAGUAGUACUUAGAACUAAUCCCUAGAAUUAUUUCCUUAUAAGCAUUCUCAUUAACAUUUCUAAGUGAAUACCGGAGAUAAUCUGCAAUUAUAAAACCAAGUUUAGAAAUGAGGACAUAACUUUCAGCGACUUUGGACGUAGUCGCAACCUGAUAGAUCAUUGGAUAAAGCAGGGUACGAAAACCGAAUGGAAAGCUCAAUUAUUGUAAUGUGCGGCAUUUUACCUUUCAAGGCCACUAAUCGCCAGCCAAAUUAGCCACCUGACAAUAAUAAGGUCAUUGCUGAUUAUGUAAAUGUAAUUGGCUAGCUUAUUUAUCGACGUAUGAAAGGCAGGUAGUUCUGAUUGGUCAAAAUGAAAUAAAAGGUCAGUAAACUGGAGGCCAAUUGGAAUGAAGUAAAAAUCGUAUUAUCCGAAACUCUUUGAUAGAUCGAGUCACUGGUCCAGUUGAAUUUUGGGGAGUGGGUUGUUCUUUUGAGUAUUGUCUAGGUGACGUAGCCGUGCAUAAAAAAGCUAAUUAAAGCAGAAUCUGCAAACCAUGAUGUCUUGUUUUCAGAACCUGUCAGACGCACUAGAUGAUACUUUUUCUGCAACUGUGCAGUCGGUAGAUGAACUGGAUUACGCAUCUGCAACACUCGUCUUAGCUGGAUUAUUACAAAUUCAUUCCCACACACCUCGUUAUGCAUUUCAUCAGGCGCGGUUAGAUUCAUUUCCAAAAGUAAUUCAUUCGAAGGAUUCUGCGAAUGAUUCAACAAUAUGCCGAUCAAAGUCUCCAGUUCCAUCUCCUUCUGAGCUGGCGUCGGCAGGCUUUUUUCACACCGGUUCUGGGGACGAAACUAUCUGCCCUGCUUGUGGUUUGGGGUUACGUGAUUGGCAGGCCACAGAUCAACCUGAAGCGUGUCAUAUCGCAUAUUCGGCUGCCGCAACAGCUGCCAUAAAAAUGGGUUCGGGAGACGGACAUUAUCGCCCACCUAUCCCGACUAUACCAUGUCUUUAUCUUAUUGUCCAUCGUCUUCUUGUUUCCGAAAUUCCUCUUGCUCGUAAAUCUUUGGUUCCAGUUGGACAAACGCAAUCUGUCCGAGGUCUCCCUGGAGUAAUCUCUCGGCCUGUAGUACAUUUCACUGACCAAUCUUCUCAAAACUCAUCUUGUGAAUAUCCAUCUUUGGCAGAUAGACUAUAUGCGAUAGCUCAUAUAAUGACUGCGUCUCCAGCUCCUCAAGGAUGGCCAGUAGAAAAUGCACGUGCUCUGGGUCAUUCAGAUGAUUUAAUUGUUCUUGCGUUGUGGCGUUUGCAAGCGGAAGCUGCUGGAAUGGGGCUGGCGUGUCCACCAAUAAAGUCAAUCUAUAUCGAUCCUCAAGCUACAACAGAGCUAUUAAAAGCUAUUUUAAGAGUUCAAGAAGGUUAUGAUAUAUCUUCUAGGAACAACCUCGAAUUCUAUAUGGAUGCUUUCGACGAGGAAGAAGUACAUUCAGCCGGUGAAACAUUAAGUGAAGGCAAUGAAGGUGACAUCACGGCAGAAGAUGCUGAGACAGCAGCUUUGUCACGGUGUCGUCGAUAUUUGCGACCACCGCGACAACAACAAUUUAGUGACUCAACUUCAUCUCCUCCUUCAGUUGAAUCAUAUGGAUUACAAAUGAAAAAGAUCCACCUUCCUCGUUUUUAUCAGUUUCUCGUUUGGUGGUCUCAUCGUUGGCCUGCAACUCAUAACAAUAAUGCCCUGAAAUAAUUUAAAUGCCUCUAAGUACUUAAUCUUAUUCGAAAGACAGAUGACUUGUGGAAUGCACGUGCUACCCACUUUGGUAGCUAGAACACCUACUCCCAGUUGCUCAUAUUACAUUAAUCAUUCAGUUUCAAAAUAAUAUUUAAUUUCAUAUACUUUAGGGAACAGUAUCUAUUUCCUUCGAUAUUCAACAAAUUCACUUCACACCUAAUAUACUUGGUAAAUUAAGUUUGUAAUUUCCCUUGUAAAAAAUAAACAUCCUAUUUUAUGGGAUUUCGAGUUAAUUAUCAAACAUCGCAAGUGUACUCUUUUUGAGACAAUUAAGGGACUUUCCAAUCUGGACUUAACAUCCUGUUUUACAUGAGCGUUUUUUGUAUUGAAUUUCGUUUGAAUUGACAGUAAUUUAGAAGUUA